AUGAAUUUUGUUGUGUAUCUAAUCGAAAAUGUUGUAAAAACUUUCAGAAAUCAGUAUGACAGUGAUGUUACAGUUUGGAGCCCUCAGGGCAGGUUACAUCAAGUUGAAUAUGCAAUGGAAGCUGUCAAAUUGGGAUCAGCUACAGUUGGCUUAAAAAAUAAAACCCAUGCUGUUUUAAUUGCUCUCAAAAGAGCUUCAAGCGAAUUGUCAGCUCAUCAGAAAAAAAUUAUACCAAUUGAUAGCCACAUUGGAAUCUCUAUAUCAGGAUUAACAGCUGAUGCUAGAAUACUAAGUCGCUACAUGAGAACAGAGUGUUUAAACCAUAAAUAUGUCCAUGAUGAAGAAUUACCAGUUAGUCGUUUAAUUACAAAUAUUGGAAAUAAAAUGCAAGUUUGCACUCAAAGAUAUGACAAGAGGCCUUAUGGUGUAGGAUUACUAAUUGCUGGUUUUGAUGAUCAAGGCCCACACAUUUAUCAAACAUGUCCCUCUGCCAAUUAUUUCGAUUGUAAAGCUAUGGCAAUAGGAUCUAGGUCUCAGAGUGCAAGAACAUAUUUAGAAAAACAUUUAGAAGAGUUUGCCAGUUGUGGUACAGAUGAAUUGAUUAAACAUGGACUUCGAGCAUUAAGAGACACUCUUCCCAACGAAGUCGAGUUAAAUUCAAAAAACGUAUCUAUCGGAGUCGUAGGAAAAGAUACAAAGUUUGAUGUGUUUGAUGAACAAUUAACCGGUCAUUAUUUGAGCAUGGUCGAAGGAGAGGAACGUCGUGCGGGUCGUCCUUCUGAUGAUGACCCUCGACCUCCUCACGGAGAUCAACCAAGGGAUGGUGAAAGUGUACCGGAUGUUGAUGAUGCGGAUAACGAAAUCCCAAUGGACACCGAAUAA